UUUCCUUAGUCCCGCCCCCUGCUCAGCGCGGAUUGGUGACGAGGAGCAAGGGCGGCGCUGAUUGGCUAGCGGAGGCGUCGCUCGUGGGAGACUGUGAUUUGGGGCGCUCCGGGGUGCUAAAUUUAUCUUCUGAAGAGCGACCGCGCCAGCCGCGAGCCGGAUCUCUGUGGAGGUGGCCUAGGCGGUACCCCCGAACCGAGAGCAUCACCCUGUCCCCAACCCUCCUUCCCUGUUUUAUUUUCCAUUUCCCUCCUCUCGCCUCCUUCCCCCACCCCACCCCCCAGUCCGCGACGACUGGCUCUUGACCCUGUCCAGGCCUCGGUGAAGGCUAUUGAUUAUUCCCCUUCCAUCCCACCCCUUAAUUUUAUUCUUUUGAAGAGUCUGUAUUUCAAGCUGCCAAGGUGGAGAAUGUGAUUCCAGAAGGGGAGUACUCCUCAUUUCAGCUUUUAUUUUUAUGUGAUAAUCUACCUUUAAGAAAAGGUGUGCCAUACCUGAGAGCACCAGGAAUUCGCAUGAGAGAUCACCUGAUAGACGAACGUGUGAUGCUCCAUCUGCGCAUUGAUGCAUAGGCAGCAUUUACAAAUUAACUGAUGUGUUGCUAUAUAUCAUCUCUUUGAUGAUUGCUCAUCUUCUAUAUAUCCUGUCUUAUAAUUUCAACAAAUUUGUCAUACUCAAUGUUUAUUUUAAACUAACCAUGUUUUGUACCACAAAUACAUUAUCUAUGGAUCUAUUGCCGAAACAAGGAAGUCUUAAACAAGAAGUAGAAUCAUUUUAUCAAAUUGUGUCUGAAUCACAUGAUCAAAAAGUUGGAAUAUUACAAAGUGACGAUGAACAGUUGCAGCCAUCAGUUUCUAAAAAAUCAGAAGAUGAGCUUUCCAGGGUUCAAUUUAUGUCCAAUUCCAACAAAAUAACAUUUAGUAAGAAACCAAAAAGAAGAAAAUAUGAUGAAAGUUAUUUGUCUUUUGGAUUUACUUACUUUGGAAAUAGAGAUGCACCUCAUGCUCAGUGUGUGUUAUGUAAGAAAAUUUUAUCAAAUAGCUCUUUGGCCCCUAGUAAGCUUCGAAGACAUUUGGAAACUAAACAUGCUGCAUAUAAGGACAAAGACAUAAGCUUUUUCAAGCAACAUCUUGAUUCACCUGAAAAUAACAAACCCCUACCACCUAAAAUUGUCAAUACAGAUAAUGAAAGUGCUACAGAGGCAUCGUACAAUGUAAGUUACCACAUAGCCCUGAGUGGAGAGGCUCAUACUGUUGGAGAAUUGCUUAUCAAGCCUUGCGCAAAAGAUGUUGUGAUGCGGAUGUUUGAUGAACAAUACAGUAAAAAAAUAGAUGCUGUGCAACUAUCAAACAGCACUAUUGCACGCCGAAUUAAGGAUCUAGCUGCUGACAUUGAAGAAGAGCUUGUUUGUAGACUGAAAAUUUGUGAUGGGUUUUCGCUGCAGCUAGAUGAAUCAGCUGAUGUUUCAGGACUUGCUGUGCUACUUGUGUUUGUUCGUUACCGGUUUAAUAAGUCUAUUGAGGAAGACCUAUUCUUAUGUGAAUCUCUGCAAAGUAAUGCUACUGGUAAAGAAAUUUUCAACUGCAUCAACAGUUUUAUGCAGAAACAUGAGAUUGAAUGGGGGAAAUGUGUUGAUAUUUGUAGUGAUGCUUCUAGGGCAAUGGAUGGAAAAAUUGCUGAGGCUGUUGCCUUGAUAAAGUAUGUGGCUCCGGAAAGUACCAGUAGUCACUGCCUAUUAUAUAGACAUGCUCUAGCAGUUAAAAUAAUGUCUACAUCUCUAAAGAAUGUGCUAGAUCAAGCAGUACAAAUCAUCAAUUAUAUUAAAGCUCGACCACAUCAAUCCAGACUAUUAAAAAUUUUAUGUGAAGAAAUGGGUGCCCAGCACACAGCACUUCUUCUAAAUACAGAGGUGAGGUGGCUUUCCCGAGGUAAAGUUCUUGUAAGACUUUUUGAGCUUCGUCGUGAACUAUUGGUUUUCAUGGAUUCUGCUUUCCAACUGUCUGAUUGUUUAACAAAUUUAUCUUGGCUCCUAAGACUUGCAUAUCUUGCAGAUAUUUUUACUAAAUUAAAUGAAGUUAAUCUGUCAAUGCAAGGAAAAAAUGUGACAGUGUUUACAGUAUUUGAUAAAAUGUCAUCAUUGUUAAGAAAAUUGGCGUUUUGGGCCUCAUCUGUAGAAGAAGAAAACUUUGAUUGUUUUCCUACACUAAGUGACUUUUUGACCGAAAUUAAUUCUACAGUUGAUAAAGAUAUAUGCAGUGCCAUUGUGCAGCACUUACGGGGUUUGCGCUCUACUCUGUUAAAAUAUUUUCCUGUAACAAAUGACAAUAAUGCUUGGGUUAGAAAUCCAUUUACAGUAUCUGUUAAACCAGCCUCAUUAGGUGCACGGGACUAUGAGAGCCUGAUUGAUUUAACAUCUGAUUCUCAAGUGAAACAAAAUUUCAGUGAACUUUCCCUAAAUGAUUUUUGGAGUAGCCUAAUUCAAGAGUACCCAAGCAUUGCAACACGUGCAGUUCGGGUACUUCUUCCUUUUGCUACAAUGCACCUGUGUGAAACAGGAUUUUCAUAUUAUGCUGCAACAAAAACAAAAUAUCGGAAAAGGCUUGAUGCUGCACCUCACAUGCGGAUCCGACUUAGCAACAUUUCACCUAAUAUUAAGCGGAUAUGUGAUAAAAAGACACAAAAACACUGUUCACAUUAAAAUUGAAGGGUUUUGCAUGUCUCAUGAUAACCAAAUAUAAGAUGAAAAUAAAAGAUGAUUUACUUUA